UGCCUAGUAUUAUUAUAGUAAUAAUAUUGCAGAUAAAAUGAGAUUUGUCCUAUAGGCUCAAUUUCAAUAUCAUAUCCUGCUUUAUAUGUCAUCAGAGUUAAUGAAAUUCCCUGGUAACUAUAAAUAGCUGUGAAUUGUUGCCUCAGGUAGUCUAUAGCUAACUACAAUGGCUCUGGAUUUGAGAAAACGCUUUGAUGAAGCAGACAAGGAAAAGUCUGGAUUCAUUAAACACAAAGGCCUUCAGGUCAUACUAAAAGGCUCAACUGCAUGUGAUGCUUCUAUGGCAAGAAAAGCUGUUGCUAUAAUUGUGAAAAAUGGAAAAAUUUCAUUUGAUGAACUGCAAGGCAUUUGUAAAGGCAAACCAGGAGCUUCUGCACCUCCAUCACCUAGGAUUGAUGUUAAACUGCUAACAUUUACAAUUCCUACGUCUCUUUCGGGGACAUGGACCAAUGAGCUGGGCUCACAAAUGGUGAUAAGCACUUCAAGUUAUGCAGAAGGGCAAAUGAAUGGCAUAUACAACAGCAAAGUUGGAGAUGCUUAUGAGUAUUAUUGGUUCUAUGGCAUGUAUGAUACAGAUGGUGAUGAAACUGCUGGGACUUUAGGCUGGACAGUUCAGUGGGAUAAUACCUCAAAUGGUAAUUCUCAAUCAAACACAGCCUGGUCUGGACAGCGAUAUGAAAUAUCUGGAACAUACUAUAUCUACAGUACUUGGAUUCUGGUGUCACAGACAUCAUCGGAUGAUAAUUGGGAGUCCACUCUCGUUGGACAGGACAAGUUCAGCAAAUAUAUUUCUUAAAGCAAAAAGCAGUAGCAGAAUAAGUUGUAGCUUUUAGGUGAAUUUAACUCAGAGUAGUGUAACUCUUUAGUAAUAAAUAGAACUAAUGAAUUUUAUUUUUCAUUUAGUUGAUAGAUUUAGAACUUGCUGUUAGUAAAAUGAUUUUUCAUAUGAU